UUCGCCGCGUCGCGCUCCUGCCUGAGGAGACCGAGGAGCCGUUUCGCCCGGUGGUAGCUCGGCGGGGACGACGGAAGCGGCGCCGCCGCCGGGGAAGGGAGGGGGGCCGCCGAGGGAAGAAGCCGCUGCCGCCCAGCCGGGAUAAGGCCUCGGCCGUCAGACCUCGCGUCCUCAGCUGCCUGCGGCGACCCCCGGGCCUGGCAAUGGGGCAGCGGCCCGGUCCCUCUUCAGCCUCGGCCCCUCCGAAACCCUUCCCGCCCAGCCCUGCCGGUCCCAAGAGCCCAUGUGUUCGCGGCUAGCCGGGCUGGGGGGUCUCCCUGCCGGGGGGAAGGCCCUCCGGUGACGGCGCCCCUGCUGAGCCAGGACACGUCGGCGGGCGCGGCUGCUUUCCUCCUCUUCCUCCUCCUGCUCCCACCAUGACCACCCCCGCUCUGCUGCCGCUGUCCGGGCGCCGAAUCCCGCCUCGCAGCUUGGGGCCCUCGUCGUCGGUUUCCUUCCCGCACCACCGGGCCACGUUGAGACUCUCGGAGAAGUUCAUCCUGCUGCUGAUUCUCAGUGCCUUCAUCACGCUGUGUUUCGGGGCCUUCUUCUUCCUGCCGGACUCGUCCAAGCACAAACGCUUCGACCUGGGCCUGGAGGACGUGUUGAUCCCCCACGUGGACACCAGCAAAGGGGGCAAGGACGUGGGCGGCUAUCUCAUCCACGGGCAAGGGCACGACCAGCACAGGCACAGGGAAGAAGAAGAACGUUUGAGAAAUAAAAUCCGUGCCGAUCAUGAGAAAGCUCUCGAGGAAGCAAAAGAGAAACUGAAGAAGUCGCACAGCGAGCUCCAAGCAGAAAUUCAGACCGAGAAGAACAAGAUAAUCCAGAGCCUGAAGACCAAGGGCAGUAAGCCUUUGCCCCCGGUCCCAGUGCCGAGCCUUGUAGGGAUCAAGAGUGGCGAUCCCACGGACCCAGACAUCCGAGAAAAAAGGGACAAAAUUAAAGAGAUGAUGAAACACGCCUGGGAAAAUUACCGGCAGUAUGGAUGGGGACACAAUGAGCUGAAACCCAUUGCUAGAAAAGGACAUUCCACAAACAUAUUUGGAAAUUCACAGCUGGGUGCUACUAUAGUGGAUGCAUUGGAUACGCUCUACAUUAUGGGCCUUCAUGAUGAAUUCAAGGAAGGGCAGGACUGGAUUGACAAUCAUCUGGACUUUAGUGUGAAUUCAGAGGUGUCUGUCUUUGAAGUCAACAUCCGCUUCAUUGGGGGCCUGCUCGCAGCCUAUUACCUUUCAGGACAAGAGGUGUUCAAGAUAAAAGCGGUGCAGCUAGCAGGGAAGCUUCUUCCCGCCUUCAAUACACCCACAGGAAUUCCUUGGGCAAUGGUGAACUUGAAAAGCGGUGUAGGUCGCAACUGGGGCUGGGCUUCUGCCGGCAGCAGCAUCCUAUCUGAGUUUGGGACCCUUCAUAUGGAAUUUGUGCAUUUGAGCUACCUGACAGGCAACCCAGUCUACUAUGAGAAGGUCAUGCAUAUUCGUAAACUGCUUCAAAAGAUGGACCGCCCUAAUGGCCUUUAUCCAAAUUACUUGAAUCCAAGGACCGGACGCUGGGGACAGCAUCACACCUCCAUGGGCGGCUUGGGUGACAGCUUCUACGAGUACUUGCUGAAGGCUUGGCUGAUGUCAGAUAAGAUGGACACGGAGGCAAGGAAAAUGUAUGAUGAUGCUGUUGAGGCCAUAGAGAAGCACCUUAUCCGAAAAUCCAACGGAGGCCUCACUUUCAUUGGGGAGUGGAAGAACGGGCACCUCGAGAGGAAGAUGGGCCACCUCACAUGCUUUGCUGGGGGGCUGUUUGCCCUUGGGGCGGACGGCUCCCGAGAUGACAAGGCUGGGCACUACCUGCAGCUGGGAGCGGAGAUUGCACACACCUGCCAUGAGUCGUAUGACAGGACAACAUUAAAACUGGGUCCCGAAGCUUUCAAAUUUGACGGUGGCGUAGAGGCCGUUGCAGUGCGGCAGAAUGAAAAGUACUACAUUUUGAGGCCAGAGGUGAUAGAAACCUAUUGGUACAUGUGGCGCUUCACACACGACCCCAAAUACAGGCAGUGGGGCUGGGAAGCAGCACAGGCCAUAGACAAAUACUGCCGAGUGAGCGGUGGAUUUUCUGGGGUUAAGGAUGUCUACUCCUCGGCUCCCACAUAUGACGACGUGCAGCAAAGUUUCUUCCUCGCCGAAACACUAAAGUAUCUGUAUCUGCUAUUUUCCAAUGAUGAUCUCCUACCUUUGGAUCAUUGGGUUUUUAACACGGAAGCUCACCCUCUACCUAUUCUGCGUCUCGCCAACACGACACUUUCAGGAAAUCAUGUGUAUCGAUAGAAUCGGUUCCAGCAGAAGGACAAAAGACUUCGUUUUAGCUGUGUUUUGUUUACAUGGACCACUUUGGACUUGAGGCUUGAGAGGAGACUUGGCAAUUUGCAUAACGGACCUUGUCCUCUGAAUUAAAAGAGUACCCAAACUCUUGAGCAUGUAGAUAAAUGAACCCUUCGGGGCGGGGUGGGGACAAUUCCAUUUUAUACAUGACCAAAACAAUCUACUACGGUACGUUGCCGGAAAGAAGAGACUUUGUAUAUUUGCAACUGAGAAGCGGGAGCAUGGGGUGUAAGAAUUCAGAAGCCCUCGGACGCAUUUCCCCACCCGUGGGCAAGAGGGAGCUGUGACUGCCACCGAGCAGUCUUUGCAGGGAGCGGCCUCUUGCUUUGAGGACCGGGAUUUCUGAGUCUCGUCAUUCUGCUUUUUCUUUCGGCGACGGCAUGAGCAAAAACUGUGGCGGGCAGCAGAAGCGCACGACUUGCACCCGGCUGUGGGGUUCCUCAGCCCCAGUUUUGAAUUUCCUGUCAGUCUGUCCAGACCGGCAGCCAUUCCCAGUGCCUCUUGAGACCCUUGCCUCUUUUUAAGAACAGUGAUGGUACCAAUCAAACGUUCGCCCUUGUACUUUUUCUUCACUCUCAACAGAAACACGGAAAGGAUCAGCGACAUCCUCUCUCGUCUUAGGAUUUGGAAAGGUCCGUUGGCUGCAGAUUUGCUUCUUGCACUGUGUGGGAUGAGAGAGCCCCCCCCACACACACACACACUGCAGUCUGCUGCGUAGUCCAGAUUCCCUUCCAACUAGAUCGCAGGAACUGGCGCACGUCUAUGAAGCCUGGAGUUUCAUUCAGCCUCUCACUCUUUUUUUUUUUUUACUUUGUACAGCGUUCAAAAUGUGAUGUUCGUUAAUGAACCCUGUGAAUCAGACUGUUACCUGGACGUAACAGCGCUUGCUUUUGGAUCUUGCCGAGGAGGAAAAGUUUGUCAGCUCUUUCUCAAACGGCGUGCGCACGCACAUACACAGGCACAUAGGAAGCCCUGCCAUUUGGCCUGCAAGUGAAGCUCAACAUAAGACCCUCUUUCCCUUUGAUAGUAGAGAUCUGCUAAACAGGCAUUUGAGAGGAAUUUUUUUAAAAUUCAUAAUAUACUCUUCUUGUUCACUUCAGUUUGGCCUUGGCAACAAUUUGGUUUAUAGCUGCUCUAUAAAAUUGGGCCUUUGAGCUCCCCUUCCCACCCCUUCAAUUAAUGGGAGGCACCCAAUCUCCUGAGCUGGAUGUUUAAAGGUAUUUUGUGACUACGUAGGCUGGGAUUUGGAUUCCCUAGUAAAUGCAAAUAAGCAUUUAUUUAUUUUUGUCAGCGUUCAGCCCUUCUAAUGGAGUGCUGGCAUUCAUCAACUAUCUCUAAGAGUGCAAUGUCAACAUUAGCCCUAAUAAAUUCAAAAAUACACACGUUGCACUCUGGCUGUGUCUAAUCUUAUAUAUUAAUCUUAUAUAUAAUUGAACAACUCAACACUUCUAUUUGUAUU